AAUUUUAUCGGCUCAGAAAAUCAAAAUUGUCCACCAUGAGGCUAUUAGUUCUUUACGGCAGCCAAACCGGUACUGCCCAGGACGUGGCUGAGCAAAUAUGGCGGGAAUCGCGUCCACUGGGGUUCCAUGGCCCCGUUCUAUCCUUCGAGGACUACGACAUGCAGCAGCUCAUCGAAGAGCGGCUGGUUGUGUUCGUGGUGGCCACCACUGGGGACGGUAUAGAGCCGGAUAACAUGAAGCAGGCCUGGCGAUUCUUGCUGAAACGAAGUUUACCGGCCCAAUCUUUGCAGGGACUACAGUUCGCGUGCCUGGGCCUCGGGGACUCCAGCUAUCCAAAGUUCAAUUACGCUGCCAAGAAGCUAAGCAAGCGGCUGCUAAACCUGGGAGCCACCUCUGUGUCUCCGCUGGGGUUGUGUGACGAUCAGCACGAUUAUGGCCAUUUGGGUGUAUCCCUCACCUGGACAAGGGACCUCUGGACGUCACUAAAGUCUAUUCUUGGCAUAGAAAAUAGCAAACAGAACGGGGCUAACAAGACUGUGAGCAAGUGGCUUGUAAAAGAGUUUCCUGACUCUGUGCCCCUGAAUGUGAGGCUGGAGAACCUUGCCUGGACGCAGAAACAAAAGUGUCACAGCUUCAAACUGAAAGACAACAUGAGGACAACAGCAGAGACUCACUUUCAGGAUGUGCGCUUCUUGAGGCUCGAAUCCUUGAGUGAAUAUCUCAGCUGGGAGCCUGGCGAUGUACUUGACUUGCAGCCCCAAAAUAGCGAUGAAGCGGUGAAUACAUUUUUUGAGCUGCUAAGGGAACACAAACUGAACUUCGAUGAGACCACUGCAGUGGAGGUGCUGCCUACUUAUCCGGACAUGCCAUUGCCCAGGGCCUUUGCCGCGCCCAUAACCCUUGUCCAGGCAGCCAAAUAUGUCUGGGACUUGAGCGCCAAGCCGAGACAACGAUUCUUCGAAGUGUUGGGCCACAAUUGCAGCGAUGAGAUGGAGAGCGAGAAACUCGCCGAGUUCUGCUCCGCCGAAGCCAUUGAUGAUCUGGUGGCCUAUGUGAAUCGUCCACGGCGCAAUCUAAUUGAGGUUUUGCAGGAUUUCCGGCAUGCGACUUCCACGCUGACGCUAUCGCAGCUCUUUGAGAUGAUGCCACUGAUUCAACCGCGCAGUUUCUCAAUAGCUUCGGAUGCAUCCUCUUCCACGCUAGACUUGCUCGUGGCCGUCGUCCAGUACAAGACUAUCUUGCACACACCGCGUCUGGGCCUGUGCUCCAACUGGCUGAAACACUUAAGGCCGGGAGUGGAGGUCUAUGGCAUUGUCAAGAAAGGCACAAUGGUGUGGCCCCAGGAUCUGGCAAUUCCCCUGAUUAUGGUUGGACCAGGCACCGGAAUUGCUCCCUUCCGCAGCAUCAUUCAGAACCGAUUGCAUGCCCAGUCGAAAGGAUCCCGUAUUGGUCCACUUGUUGUAUUCUUUGGCUGCCGCAAUAAGGCUGCAGAUUUCCAUUUUCAGGAAGACUUCGAAGCCUGGACUAAAGACAAACUUGUGGAGGUUCAUUAUGCCUUCUCUCGGGACGAGGAUAGGAAGGUCUAUGUCCAGCAUCAGAUUCUGAAAAAUAGCCAUCAUUUGGCGCAACUAAUCAAGGAGCAGAAUGCAUAUAUCUAUGUGGCGGGCAACUCCAAUAACAUGCCCAAGGCAGUUCGAGAGGCAUUUAUCGAGAUCCUUGACGGCCAGGGCGAUUAUGUGGAUCUGAUGCUCAAGCAGCGACGGUAUCAGGAAGAAACGUGGGCGUAAGGUCAAUUGAAAUUGCUUGUACUCGUAUGUGUUCCUAUUUGUACAAUUUUGGACGGAAAUUAUAUUUUAUAUCUAUGAA